CUUCAACACUUCAUCAUCACCCCUUUGUUUGCAAUUGCAUCACUUAGACAAUACCUCGGUACCUCGAGUUCUACAAGACAUCUUUCAUUCGUGGCCCAUAUUCCCCCCGGCUCGAAGCAAUUACCGUAGGACCUCGAAGAUCCAGCCUCGUCCUGGGUAACAGGACCGUUUGUUGGAAAUCACGAUCUUGGCUAUACACAAGAUAUUUUUGAGCUACAGAUCUUGAAAAUCGCGACUGUCAUUUAGAAUCGUUGUGUAAAGGUGGCCACUCAGGCAGUCAUGGCUUCGCCGGCCAUGCACCCCAUAAGACCGGGCCUUGUCGACCCGAGGCGUCCGGGGGAGUAUCCUAUCAUCCUAGGCGACAGCUUGAAAACCGACGGCAAAUCGAACAAGCUCAUUAACAUACGCUACAACUGGCAACCGAAAUCUGGCUUUCAAUCACGAGACAGCCAACUGACAGAAUCUGGCGACAAAUACUCCCUGGUCGUGCAGGGUGACGACUCGGAUGACGGAGAGUAUCAGUACAGAGGUACACUUCAACCAGCGAAUCCUGGCAAAAAUGAAGAGACCUCGAGGUCUUUAGCUCUCGUGUUCGACAAAUCCAAAUCAGUAUUCGUACUUGAAUCCUUAUCAGCAUCUCUGGAUCUGAAUCUCAAGUGCGGUCCCGGUCAGCCUGCGAGGGACGCGCGAGAACUUCCACAGCUAUCCUCAGAUCGACAGUCCUCCAAACAGACUGCACAAGCGAACGUCGAUAGCAGUGCGCCUCCAUCGCCCGACGACGAAGGACCAGACCCCUCCAACCCUUACGACUUUCGAAAUUUCCUCGCCGAAGCCCGUGAGAACAUCGACAAAACCUCACAACAGCAACAACAGGGCAACCGUACCCCGAACCCAGGUGGUAUGACCCCUCUGAGUGGCGUAUCUACACCGGUCCCGGGCUCCAGCCGCUUCAAACCCACAACGCCACAAUUUCGACCGACCACCAAACCAAUAAACAAGACCGACAGGAGUUCUGACGCUCCUCGCGCCCGCGCGUCGAGUGGUGCAUCAAAGACGGCGUCGAAACGCGACAAACCCUCUACGUCGACUACGAAAUCAUCAACACAACAACCCUUGAGCAAAGAGCGAAUUACUGACUCGGACGAUGAUUCUGACGACGACAGCACUAGCCUCGCCGUGUCGAGAGGCAGAGACAAACUCUCCACUUCUGCCACGAAACCCACCAAACCUGCGCAGCCAGUACGCAAGGCGCAACACUCGCGCAAUAUAUCAUCGACAAACGACGCCUCGCCGCACAUCAUCAUCAACGACAACGACGGUGAUCUCGAAAUCGACAUGGGCAGUCCGCCACCCGAAGACCGCGCCCGGAGGACGCGUGUCGACCCCGAGAUGUUCCGCAGCCACACGGGCACUCCUAUCGCCGGGCUAUCCUCCAACAAUAACAGCGCGAGGCCAUCGUCGUCGUCAGCCAGACCUUUAUCCCGUCUGAACGGUAUGGAUAGUGCGCAUGGCACCGGCAGCGGAGACAGAGACAGAGACAGAGAUGUGAGGAUGAAGGAUAUCGAAGCCGACUUGUCAGACGAUGAGGACGGCGACGUCGAAGAAUUCGAACUCGGCAGUCCUCAAGAGAAACAAUCUGCGCCACGUCAACAACAACAAAAUGCUGACCCGCCGGCGGUGGCAGCGGCCGCGACGACAGCAGCAGCAGCAGCAGAAGAUGAAGACGACGAAGGGUUCCUAGAGGCCGCUCUCGAGGCCGCGUUUGGAGAAGAGGAUGAACAGGCCGGACAACACAGCGGCGUCGGGUUGGGGAUAGGGAUGAAUGCACAGCUGCAACAGCAGGACGAUGAGAGUGAGGUCAGUGAGGAAGAAUAGAGAGAAACCCGUCUGAGAGAAGCAUCGAUCCACCUGGACAACACCACGCGGCACGUCUCAUGACUUUCAAAAAGAGAGGAGAUCAAGACGAAGGCUGGCUUUUUGGAUGGAUCAGGACCAAGCGCGUGAUUGUUGGAUUAAAAGAGUGAGCUUUCACAGAGACUUCUGUACGAAGAAGUCCCCCCUUGCAGAGAUUUCAAAUGAGUACCUAGGUAAACCGUUUGGGGUAUAGAAACGUAUACACCGUUAACGCGUAUUUUGAUGAUGAAC